AUGUGGACUGAAGACGAUCAACAUCCUCAACAGCCUUCUCAAUUAUCAGGUCAAAUGAAGAUUGUUCAAGGACAGAUAUAUAACGUGACAAGUUCCGUCUUACCUCAAACUUAUUCUGAACAAUGGAAAGAAUCAGGAGAUCGGUUAAUACAAGAAGGAGAGAAAGAAGUCCAAAAAGCGAAGGAUGAUUUGAAAGUUGAAAGUACCAUAGAUAGUCUCGGAGGGAAAAUCAAAUCUACGGCGAAGUUAGACGGAGUUAGGCUAAGUAGGAACAAUGGGAGCAGAAGUACGGCGAAGUUAGACGGAGUUAGGCUAAGUAGGGACAAUGGGAGCAGAAGUGCGGCGAUGUUAGGCGGAGUUAGUCUAAGUAGGGACAAUGGGAGCAGAAGUACGGCGAAGUUAGACAGAGUUAGGCUAAGUAGGGACAAUGGGAGCAGAAGUGCGGCGAUGUUAGGCGGAGUUAGUCGAAGGAGGAAGAGGAUGGCCGAGGGCUCGGGGAAGUUGGACGAAUUGUUCGACGCCCGUGACAGUAUCAAGGAUCGCUCUUACCGACGACCCGUGCGAACCUCGGAGAAGUACGAAGAUUCUAUGGAACCAGAUAGGAGAGUUACGCGAGGUAUGAGUAGGGACGGAGACAGGAUGGAGGAGAACGAGAGGAGGGCACUGGAGGAGCUUAGCAGAGCGAUGGGGCAGCAGCUUGGAGUGGAGGAUAGUGUGGGGGGAUCAAUUCAAGGAGAUGAGUUCGCUCCACCAUUACCUUCUAAUCCUCCUACACCUUCGGGUAAUGCCCUCCCACCUAUAGGAUCCCCAGUUGGAUCGGAUCAGACCCCGCGGCCAGAAAACACUGGAAGUACGGCGGACUUGAGAGAAGAAGGUACACAAGGGGUGAUAUUGGCCUUGAUGCAGAUGGUGGCGAAUAUGAACAAAGACAUGAUGGAAGAGAGAAGGCGUAGGGAGGAGUGGGAGCAGAGAAGAGAAAGGGAGACGAGGAUGGAGAGAAAAGAGGAGAAAAGAGGGGAAGGGAGGCAAACUUCGGUGCAGUCUGCGGUACAAGGGACUAUUACGUCGACGCAGGUCAAGAACAUUCCGCCCAAUGCCGACGAACUUCGCCGACAAUGGCCUAGGCCACCUCCCGAUCUGCGGGAGGCAAGGAGGAAGGAAGGGAAGUGUAUUGAGUGUGGGGAGAAGGGACAUUGGUUGAGGGACUGCCCGGUGAGGGCAGCGAAGGUCAAGGUCGGAUGGUUGCCGCCGUGGGGGGAGAAGUUCGGCGAACGUGGUGGAGGAUCGGGGGGGAACGCAGUACCUCUAGGACAGAGGAGGAACUUGAACGCAGUUGGGGGAGAUGGGGAGAUGGAAGAGGACCAGGGAAAAGAGGAGGACCUGUCGCAGUAG